AGAGAUUUAGAGUACACCUAUGUGAGGAUGGCUGGAAAAGAGCACAGGUCAAACUUAAUAAUUCCAUAAAUCCCCAGAGGUCGGCACAAGACCUCUCAGAAUUUUUUAGCGUCUUUGUGCAAGUGUGUGUGUGUGUGUGAUAAAUCUCAGCAGUGUGUGUGUGUGUGUGUGUGUGUGUGUGUGUGUGUGUGUGUGCACAGUCGGGUCUCAACAGUAGACCUGAGCUCUGUGUCACCAUGGUACAGUGAAAGAUUUAGCAUGUGGUCAGUGUAAUGGGGUACAGAGUGACCUGUGUGUGUGUGUGUGUGUAUGUGUGUGUGUGUUGGAUCUGUCCCAAUUCCUUUUCAACACAGUAUGUUCAUUCUUUAUGGGUCACCUACAUAGAGCAGGUCAGCGUUCUGUUCUGUUCUGUUCUGUUCUUCGCUGCAUGUCGCCGUUUCCUGUUUCUCACAGGAAGCUAACGGACCAUGGCGUGGAAAAAAAGGAAAAAUGAAUAAUAUCUGCUUUGACCUGUUCUUAUUUGGGAUUCCAGUAGAUCCAUCACGAGCGCUCGUCUUCGCAUUACAGUUCAGAAGCUUCUGAGAUAAACCUUUUCUUCUCAGCGUAAGUUGAAAAAGGCUUGGCUGAGCGACGCGGGGAUCUCGGCCCUCGUGGUUAUGGAUAUUAUGCAAAUAUUUCUCUCUCGUAAUGAGCGAGUGUGGCGUCGGCUCACCGCUUUUACAGCUGCACAGCAAGAUCCGGGGUGAAUAAUAACAGCAUUAUGCAUUUAGGCAAAAGUGAGACCGGGAGGAAAAAAGAGAGAAAGAAAGAAAGAAAGGAAAGGAAGAAAAUAAACAGAUAUGAAAAUUGAAUAAAGACACAAGAGAGAGUAUUUUUAAAGUUUUCAUUAAAAUAACGAGUUAAAAAGUAGUUAGAGGGAGAGAGAGAGAGAGAGAGAUUAAGGAAGGAAGGAAUAAAGACAGACAGAGAAUGAUAUAGACACAGUGUGCGUGUGUGUGUGUGUGUGUGAGAGAGAGAGAGAGAGAGAGAUGAGAGACAGACAAAGAAAGAGAGAGAGACAGACAGAUAGACAGAUGAGAGACAGACAAAGAGAGAGAGACAGACAAAGAGAGAGAGACAGAGAGAGAGAGAGCCUCUUCAUCUGUUUUUGAAGCUCUGGUAAUGGAGUAAGUGUGUGUGAUGAAAUGUCUGUGGGCAGUGAGUUCCUGAUCUUUGGAGCCAGCUCCUUCCCUGGGCGAGGUGGAAAUCUAAUUUGGUGUAGACUCUGUGAAGACUCUGUGAAGACUCUGUGAAGUGUGGAAGGCUGCAGCGAGACAUUUAAAAGCCAGUAACGGCGUUUCGGAGACAACGGAACAAGCAGGAUGCAGCCCAAACCUUGUAAUUCACUCCCUCGUCCCGGACGCCGUGGAAACGCCGGCGGCGGCGCUGGCCGACUCCAGAUUGGAGGCCUCUCGUGGGCUUGUUAUAGGAGAUCCACAGGAAAGUGAGUUAGAGUAGUUUUGGAGGCAGUGUGGACGCCGAGGUCUAGUUCUGAAGACCUCAAGCUUUCCAGUUUAAAUCAGAGAAAUCUGCCACGGAGCUACUGUAGCGUCCAGAACAUUGAGUUUUCGUAUGCCCAGGGACUCUGUUGAGGGUUCAGGCAGCGAGUUCACAGCAGGAGGCGGAGCAUCAGUCGGGGGCGUGGUGUAAGGAUCCUCUGCAGUCAGGUGACCGGCUGUACGUCAUGCCGUGGACGCCGUACCGGACCGACAUCCUGUACGAAUACGCGUCCUGGGACGACUUCACCCAGAGCCGAGCCACCACCACCUACAAGCUGCCCAAUCGAGUGGACGGUACGGGCUUCGUGGUAUAUGAUGGCGCCGUCUUCUACAACAAGGAGCGAACGCGGAACAUCGUCAAGUACGACCUGCGAACACGCAUCAAGAGCGGCGAGGCCAUCAUCACCAACGCCAACUACCACGACACCUCCCCCUAUCGCUGGGGCGGGAAGUCUGACAUCGACCUGGCCGUGGACGAGAACGGACUGUGGGUCAUCUACGCCACCGAGAGCAACAACGGCCGUCUGGUGGUCAGUCAGGUGAACCCGUACACGCUCCGUUUCGAGGGCACGUGGGAGACGAGUUUCGACAAGCGCCUGGCGUCCAACGCCUUCAUGGCGUGCGGCGUACUGUACGCUGUGCGCUCCGUCUACCAGGACGACGACAGCGAGGCCGGCGGUGAUCUGGUUCUGUACGCCUACAACACCAACCGCAACCAGGAGGAGCCCGUGCACAUCAUCUUCCCCAACCCCUACCAGUACAUCUCCUCCAUCGACUACAACCCCCGUGACAACCAGCUCUACGUCUGGAACAACUACAACGUCCUGCGCUAUCCGCUGGAGUUCGGACCUCCCGACCCCACCACAGGCCCAUUGGUCACCACUCAGACAUCCAGCACCACAGCGUCCCGUUCCUUCUCGUCCACCUCCAGCCCGUCCACUAUGCGUCCACUUCCUGCCACUUUUCACCCCAUCGGCGCCAUAAACAAAGCCCCGGAACUGCGUCCCAUCACCGCUACGGUCCCCGUAACCCGCCGGCCACCACGCCCACGUCCACGCCCACCCCAGGAGCCCGAGCUACAGGAGGGAUGUGACCCGAGCAUAGCGCGAGGCAUCCAGUGGCCCAGUGCACAAAGGGGCGAGACGGUGGAGCGGCCCUGCCCUAAAGGAUCUCUGGGCAUUGCAUCUUUCCAGUGUCUGUCCUCUCCAGUCCAGUGGAACCCACGGGGUCCUGACCUCAGUAACUGCACCUCACCCUGGGUCAACCAGGUGGCCCAAAAGAUUAAGAGUGGUGAGAAUGCAGCGAACAUUGCCAGUGAGUUAGUGAACCACACACGCAGUCGGAUCCACGCCGGAGACGUCAGCUCAUCUGUUCGUCUCAUCGAGCAGCUGCUGGACAUCCUGGACGCUCAGCUGCAACCUCUGAGACCCGGGAACAAAGAGUCGGCCACCCGGAACUACAACAAGCUACAGAAGAGGGAGAGGACCUGCCGAGCGUACAUUCAGGCCGUGGUUCAGACAGUGGAUAAUCUGCUGCGUGUGGAAGCUCUGGACGCCUGGAGGGACAUGAACAGCAGCGAGCAGGCUCACACUGCCACCAUGCUGCUGGACGUGAUGGAGAAAGGCGCCUUCCUGCUCGCUAACAACAUGUACGACACACGCUUCAGUGACCACGCCCCCAACAUCGAUUUGGAGGUUCAUAUACUGAACACUGACAUGGAUCCUCAGGAUCUGGCCUUCCCUCAGAGGAGCUCCAGUGACAGCAGCAUCCUCCUGCCCGCCUCCACUGUCAAACAGUACAGCCGCAACGGUCAGGUGAAGGUUGUGUUUUUGCUCUAUAAGAACCUGGGAUUGUUUCUCUCCACUGAGAACGCCACGGUGAAGAUGGAGGUGGAGCCAGGGCCCGGGCCAGGACCUGGGGGGCGGAGCUUAGCCGUCAACUCGCAUGUCAUCGCCGCGUCCAUCAACAAAGAGUCAAGCAGAGUGUUUCUAACUGUGCCGGUGGUGUACACCUUAAAACACCUGCAGCUGGAGAACCAUUUCAGCCCAAACUGUUCGUUCUGGAAUUACUCGGAGCGCUCGAUGACGGGUCAGUGGUCGUCUCAGGGCUGCAAGCUGCUGGACACCAACAGCACACACACCACCUGCUCCUGCUCACAUCUCACCAACUUUGCUGUGCUCAUGGUGCAGCACGAGCCUAGUUAUCAGGAUCAGAUGCAUGAGGUUCUGCUGGUUGUGAUCACGUGGGUGGGGAUCGUCAUCUCUCUGGUAUGUCUGGCCAUCUGCAUCUCCACCUUCUGUUUCCUGAGAGGCCUGCAGACUGACCGCAACACCAUCCACAAGAACCUGUGCAUCAACCUCUUCAUCGCCGAGCUCCUCUUCCUCAUCGGCAUCAACAAGACGCAGUACCAGAUUGCAUGUCCGAUCUUCGCCGGCUUGCUGCACUUCUUCUUCCUGGCUGCGUUCUCGUGGAUGUGCCUGGAAGGUGUGCAGCUCUACCUGAUGCUGGUGGAGGUGUUCGAGAGCGAGUAUUCCCGAAAGAAGUACUACUACCUGUGCGGCUACUGCUUCCCGGCGCUGGUGGUCGGCAUCUCAGCGGCCAUCGACUACCGCAGCUACGGGACCAAGAAAGCGUGCUGGUUGCGGGUUGAUAACUACUUCGUGUGGAGCUUCAUCGGCCCCGUGUCCUUCAUCAUCAUGCUGAACCUGGUGUUCCUGAUGGUCACGCUGCACAAGAUGGUCCGCAACUCGUCCGCCCUCAAACCCGACUCCAGCCGUCUGGACAACAUCAAGUCCUGGGCUCUCGGGGCAGUCACUCUGCUCUUUCUCCUCGGCCUCACCUGGGCUUUCGGUCUUCUCUUCAUCAACGAGAAGACGGUCAUCAUGGCGUACCUGUUCACCACCUUCAACGCCUUCCAGGGCAUGUUCAUCUUCAUCUUCCACUGUGCGCUGCAGAAAAAGGUCCAUAAGGAGUACAGUAAGUGUUUGCGUCACUCGUACUGCUGCGGACGCUCGUCUAACACCAGCUCACACGGCUCACUGAAAAACUCCACACUGCGCACCAACAACCGCUAUUACACCAGCAGCCAGGCCCGACACGCUGCAGCACACAGACAGAGCCGAAUCCGUCGCAUGUGGAACGACACGGUGAGGAAACAGACUGAGUCAUCUUUCAUGGCAGGAGACAUCAACAGCACUCCUACCCUCAACCGCGCCCCCAUGGGGAAUCACCUGUUGGCGAACCCGGUGUUGCAGACGCGUACAGGUUCUUCACCGUAUAACACUCUGCUGACUGAGAGCUUCACACCUCCAUCACCUGGAGUCUUUAACUCCACUGGAACCUUCCGUGAUCCAAAAAGCACUCUAGCAAGGAAUCGGGACCACGGGGGAAUGGAGACUCUGCCACUAAACGGCAACUUCAACAACAGCUAUUCGCUGCGUGCCGGGGUCACCGGCCCUGGUGGACAAGGCGGCAGCUGUGACUUCCUCGGAGGCGGGUCCGACGAGAGUCCGCCUCCUUUGCUGAACCCGCGUGGCGCAGAGACACUGGGAGGGAUUCGGCGCAACCUUUCUGAUGCAGCCGCAUUUGAGAAGAUGAUCAUUUCCGAGCUGGUGCACAACAACCUGCGGCAAGGAGGUGGAGAAAGAAUGGGCGGUACCCUGGUGCGAGGACGUACGACCGGUGUCGGGGUUGGGGCAGGGGCAGGCGCGAGUGCUGGGGCCGGAGUCGAUCGGGUGACUGCUGUGGAACAGGAAGUGGAGGACGAGGGCCAGCGGCACAGGACGCCACAAGAUGUGGAGCUGUUAUACAAGGCUCUGGAGGAGCCGUUGCUCCUGCAGCGCGCCCAGUCGGUUCUCUACCAGAGCGACGCAGAGGAGAGCGAGAGCUACAUGAACGACUCGAAUGAGAGCCACGGGCACAGUGCAGCAGCCACGGGUGCUGGCACAGGUCCGGACUCACCCGCACGGGACUCACUGUACACCAGCAUCACCAACCUGCGAGACUCACCGUACCCAGACAGCAGCCCUGACGAGCUCUACUACAGCUCGGGCAGACCAGCGCUGGGCAGCGCCAUGCACACCUUCUACCCGACACCCCAGACGAGGCCUGGAGCCGACACCCAAACCCAUGCCCACACCCACAAUCCUCCCGAACCCCCGCACGCUGAGGGGGAUGGACAGAUGCAGCUGGUCACCAGCCUGUGACUGUGACUAAACCCCCCAGUCUCUCACUCCCAUUCCGUUUCUGUUCCUUUCUCUCGGUUAGCCAGUUUGGAAGUGUAAACAGAGAGAAGUCUCAGCUCGGGUCUCAGUGGCAGCAGGUUCUAUAAGGCAGCUCUGGAGCAAACUUAGCCCAUACACUCCCUUGGUUGAUUCCCAAGUCCAAAGCUCCCUCAGCAACUGAGGAUAUUUUCAACCGUUCCCCAUGGAUUUUGUUGGUGAUACCUCUUUUUUUUCCAAAAACACUUAUCACUUGGUUUCUUUUCUGAUUUUUCUCCCUUUUUUUCUCCCUUUUCUCACGUAUUGAGAGCUGGUAUGUCUGGAUAAGGAGGGUUCACCAUUGUGCAUCAGUGUGCAAAGAACGCUCUCUGUCUCACUCUGAAAGCUCUUCAGUGUUGCCAAAAAUAAUUUUUUUGAGCCAGAACACAAACUGGAACACAGAAACACACAAACACAAGUGCACAAACAUAAGUGCUUGUUACUGAACGUCAGACCGUGAAGAACUGCACUCAUGAAGGCAGCAGCAGGAAGAAGCUGCCCCUGUGGAGUUGCCUUUAUUCCCUUCCUCUCUCUCUCUCUCUCUCUCUCUCUCUCUCUUUCUCACUCUCUCUCCAGAUGGACUCUGAUGUACAGGACUCUGAACGAGACUUGACACAGCUGCACCUGGCCACAGGACUUGUAUUUGAUGCUCUAUUUAAAAGGAGUUUUUUUCUGAAACUGGCCCCGUGGAUCACGGACAUCGGGCGCCUCCUCUGUGUUACUGGGGGCUUGAAGAACUUUUUGUUUUUUUUUCUUCAAGGUUUCCCUGGGUGUUCUCUGAGCCUAUUAAAAAUGCCUGUACAUAAGAACCUUGAAAAUCAAUAACACAAAACCUAGCGCCAAUCCUAUCCUGUAAAUAAAGAGCAGAUGAACAAAAGCAACAAAAACAAAAAAAUAAUAUGAACUACUACAAGAGCGAUUUCUUGUAUUGAGAGAAAAAAAAUAAGAAACAGAAAAAAAAGAGUGACACAAAUUGAAAUAAAGACAUUUGGGAGUUUAAAUGACACCAGUUAGUCCAUCUCUCCCUCCUUGCUUCGUUCACUCUCUCAGGCUCUCAUUCAUCCCUGCCCCAUUGAAUUGUGGGAAAACUAUGUUGACAAAGAGACAGAGAGAGAGAGAGAGAGAGAGACAGGAAGAAAGAAAGAGAGGGAAAGUUUGAGAAAACAAGAAAAACUAGCCCUGGCACAAUUUUUAAUGUAUUAUAACCCAUUGUUAACGUUUGACAGGUUUCUUGACUCGUGCCUCGGGAACGGGAUAAAGGGAUGCGGGGGCAGGGUGAUGUGGGGGCGGGGUAAUACAGUGGUUUUUAUCGACAGCAGCCAUAAUGUAGUGUCUGGUUGUGUCUUGUUAGACUGAUGUAAUAGAUAUCAGAUAACUAGAUUACCGAUACCUAGAACAAAGAAUAAACUAAUCUCGGAGACGCAAAAAGACGGGACGCAGAUCAAUCACCAAUCAUCAUUCACGAGCGAAGCUGUAGUUCACUGUUUUCACGACAAUCUGCCGUUGUAAUUGUUCGACGGUGGAUUGUGUGUGUGUGAGUGUGUGUUUGAGUGCGUACAUUCGGGUGCCUGAAAUGCUGAAGUGCUUGUACUUAAGAAGCUAUUUUUUGCCAGGUUAGUUAGGCCCGUGUUAAAAGAGGAAGAAGAGUAAAAAAAAAAAAAAAAAAAAAAGAGAAAAACUAAAAUGUAUAUCUAUAAAAGAACGCUAUAUUAGCUCCCGUCUCGGAGCCUUCGCUAGGUGUCAGGAAUACUGUUAUUUUGGAGCUCAGUGCCAUGGAAACUGGGACCAUCAAGCGUCACGCCUGAGAAAGCAGGCAUUAGCAUUUGAUUAGGACGGCAGGCGCUGCUGACUAACGAGACACGUGCUCCGUGUGCUAGAAUCACCGUGUGUUAAUGUGUUCUGCAGCCUCACGCCGAGGUUCUCAUGUGUCUUCAGAAACGUAUCCUUCUUCUGAGGGGCCUUUUCCACUGCAACUACUAGAACUUUUGGCACUAGGAAACCAGAACUGUGCUUUUUUUCUUUCUUUCUUUCUUUUCUUUCAUUGACAGAGGUCCUGUAUAUUCAAAGGGUACAGCUGCAAUGGUACUAAUGGUACUAAUGGUACUUGGGGGCGGGGCUAGCAGCACGGUUCAUUGUUCAAGUGUGUUGAUUACCUAAUUACGAUGUUAUUUUAGGAGGUUUUUUUUUCCCCCAGAUCUUUUCGUCAAACAAACUGGUUGGAAUAAAAAUCAUUUUAAUUUCA